AUGGUAAUUGUGGGAUACAACUUCACGUCAAAUUGUAGCAUCACUGAUGUCAUCCCCCUACUACAGAUGUCCAUCAAACUGCCUGAACUGAUCACAUUGACAAAUUUGCCAACAGGCACCCUGGGAUACUGUGUUUUCAACAAUGGCUAUUAUGCCAAUAUUCAGGGGAUCCCCAGACACCACUGCACAGAAUCAGACAAUGUCACCGAUUGCACAGACCUCCUCCACCAACGGACCUUCAACAUCAGCCUACCACCAAGAGGACGCCAGAAGACCACCCACUGCAGCAUUGUAGUGCCAGUUUCCAUUAAACCAAGUGUGAUCCUGAAACCCAGCUGGUCCCAGAUCUUCAGUGGUGAGACAGUCACUCUCAGAUGUCAGAUCCAGGGAGGAGGAACUCAUUGGACGUAUGAAUGGAGAACACCCAACAGAAACUCUCCAACAUCCAGUGAAUACAGGAUCAGCAGAGUUACUUACUCUGACAGUGGAGAAUACAGAUGUUAUGUUAGAAGUGGCGAUCAUCAGACAGGCUGGAGUGAUGCCUUCAGACUCUCAGUGUUACCCACACCCAGAGCCACAGUGAGUUCAGACAGAAGCAUCAUCCCAGCAGGAGACAGAGUUAGACUGAGCUGCUCAGUGGACACAUCUGAAGGUUGGAACUUUGACUGGUUCAGACGAGAGUCAGAAACUUCUCCGUCCAUAAAAUACAAUAAACCAGACAGAGUCACAGAGGGAGGUCUGUACAGCUGCAGAGGAGGAAGAGGAGAUCCAGUUUACUACACACAAAACAGCUCUGAAGUCACCAUUUAUAAAACUGGUGAUUUCCUGGAACCCAGCUGGUCUCAGACCUUCAGUGGUGAGACAGUCACUCUCAGAUGUCAGAUCCAGGGAGGAGGAACUCAGUGGACGUAUGAAUGGAGAACACCCAACAGAAACUCUCCAACAUCCAGUGAAUACAGGAUCAACAGAGUUACUGAGUCUGACAGUGGAGAAUACAGAUGUUGUGAGAAACCUCAGCCUGUCCUCUCUGUGUCUCCAUCAUGGCUGAGUCCUGGAGCCUCAGUGACUCUGAGCUGUCAGGUCCAUCAUCCAUCUGCAGGAUGGAGGUUCUUCUGGUAUCAAGUCGUUCCCAAACCAUUGAGCAGCAGUUACAACUAUGAGCUGCUGUCUGGUCACUCCAAUGGGACUGAACAGAACUCCUACAUCAUUCAUGGACAGAAACACACAGCAGGAUAUGUGUGCAGAGCAGGAAGACAACCAGAGUAUCUCACUGAUUACAGUCAACCAAAGUUUGUCUGGUCUGAAGAUGUUGAUCCAGCAGCGUCUCUCAGUGUGAAUCCUGACAGAGUUCAACACUUCAGUUCUCUCUCUGUCUCACUGAGCUGUGAAGGAAACUCUACUGAGUGGAGAGUGAAGAGGUUUACAGAUACUGGUCUGUCAGACUGCUCCAUCUGGAGAACACGGACUGGAUCCUCAUGUACCACAAAGCUGUACUGGUCUGGAGUGUUCUGGUGUGAGUCUGGAUCAGGAGAGUUCAGCAAUGCAGUCAACAUCACUGUACAGAAUCAUGAUGGUGGUAUCAUCCUGGAGAGCCCCAUCCAUCCUGUGACUGAGGGAGAUCCUGCGACUCUGAGCUGCAGACUGAAAAAACAAGAACUUUUUUCUGAUGUGAUUUUCUAUCACAACAACAAACUUCUCCUAAAUGAUGGAAGAGGGGAGCUGAAAAUGUCUGCAGUGUCAAAGUCAGAUGAAGGUUUCUACAGGUGUGAACAUUCAGGAAAGAAGUCACCACAGAGCUGGAUGUCAGUUAAAGCUGUUCCAAGUUCUUUUUCUCCUCUGCUGAUUGUUGGACCUGUUAUUGGAAUUGUUCUCAUUAUUUUCGUGCUCUUAUUGUGGCGCUGCAGACAGCCUAAAGGGAGGCCUCGUGAACCAGAGGAGGACGUUGUUUACUCUGAGAUGAAACCAGAAAGUUCAGGUUUCACUCCAAUGUACGCUGAGAUCAACCGUCAACAUAAAGCCAAAAAAAAAGACAAAAGUGGACCCAGCAGCGGUGGAGGGAGCGCGCACCAGUGGCCGCAGGUUUUCAAUAACGGCCCCUCCGGGUCCGCCCGUGCGGUGCAUCGGCCGACAACUCCCAUUGUUUACCUGGUCCGGGCAUGCGGGAAGCUGGUGAUGGAAACCAUGACCACCAGCUAG